AACCAACUGCAUCUGCAUCUUCCCCACCGCAGCUCCUGACAUACAAAAGCAUGAAGAGAAGAGGAAGAUAGAAAAGAUAAAAGAUACACUUGAUCAGUCGAUCAAUCAUUCAAUCGUUCUAUAAAUCAAUCAAUCCCUAUCUCGUCUCUUAUCCAUCACCCAUCAUGCAGCCCCCCUUCCCCGCUCCCGUCUCCAACUGGCACAACGACACAUACGAUGCCAUCUCUCCUUCGCGCCCAGAACUCAGCGUCGCUGGGAAGACGAUCGUAAUCAUCGGCGCCGGCAGUGGCAUCGGUCGUGAAACCGCCUCAGCUUUCGCUCUCGCCGGCGCCAGCAAGAUCGCUCUCCUGGGCCGUACGGAAUCCGCGCUCCUCGAGACCAAAGCCGGUCUGGCAUCGCACAGCGCCGAUGUCUCGGUCCACGCCGUCAGCAUCACGGAUGAAAAGGCGCUGAAGGGCGUCGCUGCUGCGGUAGGCACCUGGGACGUGCUGGUCAUCGGCGCAGCAUACGUCGCAAGCCCAGCUCCUGUUGCCCAGUCCUCAGUAGACGACUGGUGGCAGACUUUCGAGACCAACGUCAAAGGCACCAUGACAGCCGCCAACGUGUUCCUCCCUACCGCCAACCCCACCCAUGCUGCCCUCCUCGGUCUCACCACCGGCACCGUCAGCCUCCCGACCGUCAUGCUCCCCGGACUCUCCGCAUACAUCAGCUCCAAGCUAGCUCAAGUCAAACUACUCGAGUUCCUAGCUGCUGAGAACCCGAAUGUUUUCGUGGCGAGCGUGCAUCCGGGAAUGGUCGAGACUGCGGUAUUUACGAAGAGCGGCGCUAAGGCCGAGGCGCUGCCGAUGGACAAAGUUCAACUCCCCGCACACUUCAUCCUCUGGCUCGCGAGCCCCGAGGCCGCCUUCCUCAAAGGCAAACUAGUCUGGGCAAACUGGGACGUCGACGAGCUGAAAGCCAAGGCUGAGGAGAUCUCAUCCAGUCAACAGAUGACGACUAGCCAAUCAUUCCCCUAAGGUGCAGGGCUCUUCGUCUGUAGGAGCGUUCUACCCCUGGGCCUUGGAG